UAUUUGGAAUUUUCCAAAUAAACGAGUCGGAUGCGAAUGAAACGAACCAACCCCUUUUCUCUCUCUCUGCUUUUGGGGUUAGGUCUUUCUUUCUACAAUUCUCUUUCAUUUCAAUCGUAGAUACAAACAAAAGGCAAUGUUUUUGGUCGAUUGGUUUUAUGGGAUUCUAGCGUCGCUUGGGCUGUGGCAGAAGGAGGCCAAGAUCUUAUUCUUAGGCCUCGAUAACGCCGGCAAAACCACCUUGCUUCACAUGCUCAAAGAUGAGAGACUAGUCCAGCAUCAGCCUACCCAGUAUCCAACCUCGGAGGAGUUGAGUAUUGGGAAGAUCAAAUUUAAAGCUUUUGAUCUAGGGGGCCAUCAGAUUGCUCGAAGAGUUUGGAAGGAUUACUAUGCCCAGGUAGAUGCAGUGGUCUACUUGGUUGAUGCAUAUGACAAGGAAAGAUUUGCUGAAUCAAAAAAGGAGUUGGAUGCUCUACUAUCUGAUGAAUCUUUAGCCAAUGUCCCUUUCCUUAUCCUUGGGAACAAAAUAGAUAUUCCAUAUGCUGCCUCAGAAGAAGAGUUGCGCUACCAUUUGGGCCUGACUAACUUCACCACUGGCAAGGGUAAGGUAAAUUUGGCCGAUUCAAAUGUUCGUCCCAUGGAGGUAUUCAUGUGCAGUAUUGUGAAGAAAAUGGGUUACGGGGAUGGCUUCAAAUGGCUUUCUCAGUACAUCAAAUAGUCUUUUAGCAAGAGUUGGUAUCUCAUUUCUAGAAGUUUGUUUAUGUAGUUAUGAUUUGGAGGUGUUGAUGGUACGAAAUUGCUGUUAAAAGAAAUUGCAUUAUAUUUCAAUUUUAUUUAUAUAAAAUGACUGGAACCUCCUGUUUUCCCCACCCACACUGCGAAAUGUACUCAGCAAAUUUCAGUUGAUUUGUGGUGAUUGAUGAAUUUUUA